AUGGCCGUCGCUCUCAACGCCGGUCUAAUCACGAUCCCGCCCGAUAGAGACGUCCUGCUGAUGACGAACGACUGCCUGAACUGCCAUACCGGCAGCUGCGACCUGCACGAUUACUUCAACUACGAGCUAGCAGCAAGCGUAGGCAGCAGGUACCGGCCUCAAUGCCACGCAAUUAACCUAGUCAAAGCCGUCUCGAUAUUGAGAAAGCUUCCGGCGGAGCUGCAAAUCAACGUGCUCGUGCUAAUGCAACCGCUUUCCUCAAUCAGCUUGAUGGACAGCUGCGCACCCUUCAACCACCUCUGGAAGGACCACAGAACCGUCAUCGAGAACAGGAUCCUCGAGACUCACUGCUCUGUGUGGAGGAUUUUCUUCCCCUACCGGACUGAUGGAAACGGAAGAAACAAGCAUCUUCGCGGCUUGAUGGACGCCGGCUUCUCGUUCUCGCAGUACUUCAUGUUCGUCGAGAAAAUCUCGUAUGCGACGGGCGUGAUCACUCACUACUUGAUGAGGACCUUCGACAUUGAUACGCGCACCCUGGAAGCCCUAUACGCGAAAAGCACCGGAGGCACAGUGGACAGGACGAGAGGCAUCUACAACUCCAUCUUCCACCUUUGGUGCUAUUUCAGCUACCUGCCCACCUGUCCUCUGGCCGAUCGCGAGCGGAGCAUUUGGGACUACAUCAUCAGUCUGCCACAGUAUCAACAGAAGGGCUUGCUCACCUUCCUCCACAUGCUCGGCAAGGCGUACAACAAUAAAUACCCGGUGAGCUACGACGGACGAUUUUCGGAGCGGCAAGUGAGAGAGCUACAGUUCUACGGGAUCGAAGAAAGCCUGGUUGCCUAUGCAGUCAUGGAGCACCUGCGCCAAGGCAUGCGCCUCGUGCGCUGCCAGGUGUUCGACUCGCGCCCGGUGGAUCUGGACUUUGCAUUCGGCGACCCCGCCACUUGGUGGUCGCGUCAACCCUUGCCUGCUGUGCGCGUUCCUCCGACCUGGAAAUUCAUCUCCCAGGACACCUACCUUGUCAGAUUCACUGGCUCAAGCACCGCUGGUAGCAUCGAUGUCUGGAUUCCUGUUAUGGACAUGCUGAAGGGAAUCACUAUGGCUAUCAAUACUCCCCAGGGUACUACAGUCGACAUGGCGGCGGUUCAGAACUACCUGACGGCUGGCUUGCAGUACAGGAUUCCCCGCUGGGACUAUUGGAACUUCUUCGAGUCGCGACCUGGUUACUACGGUAGUAGAAGGCUGUACCUUGAUCGACUGUUCGGUGAGGCUGAAUACGAGUCUACGUAG